AUGGCCGAUAAGAAGGAUGAGCCGGGGUGCCGUAAGCUCCGCGCGCGCACGCGCGCGCGUGUACGCCUCUUCGGCGCCGGACACUUGCCGACAAACGUUCGGGAGCGUGGCGUCCAAGCUAAAGAAGUUGGCACUAACACAUCGUACACUACCAGGUUGGGAGGGAUCGCUCUUGGGCCCGGCCAUGUCGCCUGGCGGGCCAAAUGGAAUAUGGAAUGGGAGCUUUGA